AUGGAAGCAAUUUGGAAUGAUUUUGACUUAAAGAAACCACCAUUUCUUACACUUCCCUCAACAAAAACUUCAUUUGUGGUAAAUCUUCAUGGGAUCAUUGAAACCUUCUUCAGCAAAUACACCAAGUAUGAGGAAGAGUUCACAGAAACUGCAGCUCUCCUGGGGAGAUUGAUGGCACGACGUAAAAAUUCAUUUAACAAAAUGAAAGGAUUUAAAGAUAUUUGUAAAAUAAAUUCGGCAUUGUGUCGUCUUUUGCGGCUGGAUUUCAAAAGAGAUUUGGAAAGCUUUAGAAGUACGCUACCCGAUGUGGCCUACGAUGAGGAUACCUUGAUACACUUACCAACAAGAGAUACUUUUGAUUUUCUCCUUACACGCCUUGUGGCCUUUUGUGAACUGUAUAAACGCAUUGUUGAGUGUUGCGUACAGGCAGCUGAAUAUUUUACAGGUCAAUUAAAGAUACAUUUCUUUUUCGAAACCUGCACCCUACUGUUAGCUGUACUCGCAAAAAUUCAUAAUUUAAGUAUAAAACAGGGAAAUCUUGCUGUACACUUCUACAAUAAUCUACAACAAUAUCGCGAGAAGCUACCUUCCAAUGAAAAAUCAAAAUUCCAAGCGAUUUCAAAUUCUUUACCGUCCCAAAUAGAAACUAUAAAAAAAGUAAUCAUGGCCAGGGAGGAAUAUGAAACAAAAUCAGAUGUAAAAGGAAUUCAAGAUGAUGCAUCAACGAUGAAAGACAUUUUGGAGCAGGAAUGUCAUGAUGCACCAAAAACCCCGGUAAAGGCAAAAAAAUUGAAGAAGGCUGAUUUAGGGAAAAUCAUAGAACGUUCCCCAGCAGCUAGUGAGAAAGUAACGAAAUUCAAUAUAGACAAUCUGCAAACUGUUCAGGAUGUACAAAAAUUUAUAACUUCUGAAACUAAGGAAAGGUCACAAAAUACAAAGUCAUGUAUAACGAAAAAUGUUCAAAGUCAUGAAUGGGCUGGUGCCACAAAACUAUUUGAGCGCAAAAUAAUAGCGGGUGAAGAAAAAAAGGCGAUAAAUAUUUUUAAAAAAUUUAUAAGUUCAAAAUUAUAA